AUGCCGGGUGUCGAAAACCACGCGAGCGAGGCGCACCUGGCUGCGUCUGCGGGCGCAGCCGCGUGCACCUUCUCUCCGGCCACCAACGCCGCCAGCGAGCGCCUGCUGGCGCACAGCAGGGAGAUACCCUCGGGAUUCAUGGAGCGGCAGCGGUACUUUGAGGCGCUGCGCACCGAAAAGAUGCUGCUGCUGCAGCUGGCCGCAGAGGACAAGGAGUGCCGCUUCACCGCCCCCAAGACGCCGCGCGCCGGGCCGACGGCCAGCCCGCGCGGCGCGCGCGAGCGGCAGGAUACGAGCUGGGUGGCGGAUGACGUGGGAGGCGGCACGCCCCACCAAGGCUACCUGGACCGCAUCGAGCGCGUCGCCUCCGCCGACAAGCGCCGCGCCGACGCGCGCCGCGACGCGCUCGCGGCGCACCUCCUCGCCGCGCAGUGCACCUUUUCCCCCGAGAUCUGCCCCCGCAGCCGCACCAUGGCGCGCAACACGCCGCUCGAGGUGCGGGGGGCAGCGCCGCCGCUGCGGCGGGGCGUGCGGGGGCCGCCUGAUGAUGAGCUCUCCGCAAACAGCCGCGGCCGCGCGCGCCGCGCGGCGGCGGCGGCGGAGGUUGCAGCGGCGCGAGAGGCGGAGUGCACAUUCGCCCCAGACUUGUCGAAGGGCGCGGCCCGGCACGCGCCGCAGCUGGCGAUCACAGAAGAGGCGAGCCGCCCCCCGCGCACGCAGCAGCGGAGGCAAACGCUCGCCUUUGAAGGGCCGCCGCUGAUGUACCGGCAGCGGCCCUCGCGUCUCGAGGCCCAGGACCUGGUUGACCGGCUGUACAGCGCCGCGGCCAUCGGCGCGCCAUCGGGCGCCGCCCCGUACCGCUCCGCGCGUACCGCCGGCGUCGCGGCGGAGGCGGAGUACUCUGAGCUGCUGGAGUGCACCUUUGAGCCCAACGCCAGGGGCCGCCCCGCGCCGGUGCCGCAGCCACGGGGGCCGGUGCUGAUAAAGGGCCUGGGGCGCUUCCUGGAGCUUCAGGACAUGGCGCGCCGCCAGAGGCAGGAGCAGGAGGCGCUAGAGGCGCGCGUGUUUAUGAAGUCGCCGCGGCCCCCCCAGGCGCCCUUCACGCGGCCAGAGCCCUUCCGGCUCGCGACGGGCGGCGCCGGACGCGACGGCGCCGCGCUCGAGGCGCGCGCGGGCGCGCGGCGCGCGCGCGCGGAGCGGGAGGCGGCGGCGGCGGCAUUCGGGGAUGACGAGGAGUGCGCAGAUGAUGGCUCAAUCGCAGAGCGCUCCGCUAUUGACGGAAAGCAGGGCGGCGGUGUGCGGGGGCGCCGUGCUUGGGGAGACGGCGACGGCAGCAGCUAG